CAACCAAAUAAAGGCAUAAUCAAUUCCCACCUGUAAAAGAUAAGCCGCGUACACGUCCGAGCUCACUCUUUCCUCAAAGCUAAGAAGAAGAAGAAGAGGAAGAAGAGAAGAAGAAGAAGAAGAAGAAGAGAUCAAUGGUCGAGAACGUUGUUGAAAUGAAGUUCUGAUUUAUCAAUCAGUGUAAAAAGGCGAUUUCAAGGAUUCAUCGCAGCUGCCAAAGAUGCUCAGAUUUAUACUUCUAUGGCUUCUAAUUAACUGCUUCGUUUUCUCUCUUUCCUCAGCUCGCCCUCAACCAUUUGCUAUGCGCAUAAGUUGUGGAGCUCGGAAUGACGUUCACACACCUCCAACUAAUACACCAUGGUUCAAGGACUUUGCAUAUACAGGAGGGAUACCAGCUAAUGCAACACGCCCGAGUUACAUUUCUCCUCCUCUUAAAACCCUCCGCUAUUUCCCCUUGUAUACGGGUCCUCAAAAUUGCUACAUUAUCAACAGAGUGCCAAAGGGACACUACUCUGUGAGGAUCUUCUUUGGACUUGUUAACCAACCUAAUUUUGACACUGAACCACUAUUCGACGUUUCUGUUGAAGGCACACAAUUUUGUUCUCUUAAAUCGGGGUGGAGCAACAACGAUGAACAAACUUUUGCUGAAGCCCUUGUAUUUUUAAGGGAUGGCUCUGCCUCUCUCUGCUUUCAUAGCACAGGUCAUGGAGAUCCAGCUAUUCUUGCGAUUGAAAUCCUUCAAGUUGACGAGAAAUCAUAUUAUUUUGGACCCAAUUGGGGGGAAGGAGUGAUCCUUAGGACGGCUACAAGACUGAGCUGUGGUGCUGGAAAGCCCAACUUUGAUGCAGAUAGUAAUGGGAACCACUGGGGUGGGGAUAGAUUUUGGAGUCCUAUUAAAACUUUUGGUCAGCAGUCUGAUCGUACCAUCUCUGUCGAAACCAACAUCAAACAAGCUUCAAUUUCGCCAAACUUUUACCCAGAAGCUCUAUAUCGGUCUGCACUUGUAAGCACCAAUAGUCAACCUGAAUUGACAUAUGUAAUGGAUGUGGAUCCCAAUAGAAACUACUCGAUAUGGUUUCACUUCGCUGAGAUUGAUAGUUCAAUCAGAAAUGUUGGACAAAGAAUUUUUGACAUCUUGAUAAAUGGCGAUGUUGCAUUCCCAGAUGUGGACAUUUUGAAACUCACUGGUGGUCACUAUACUGCUCUUGUGCUUAACAGGACUGUUGCUGUCAAUGGGAGGACUUUGACUAUCACCUUGCAGCCUAAAGAAGGCAGUCAUGCCAUAAUCAAUGCUAUUGAGGUAUUUGAAGUUGUUUCAGCUGAAGUAAAAACAUCUCCAGAUGAAGUUAGGGCUUUGCGGAGCCUGAAGAAGGCAUUAGCACUUCCUGUUCGUUUAGGGUGGAAUGGUGAUCCAUGUGUUCCUCAACAACAUCCUUGGAGUGGAGCAGACUGCCAAUACGAUAAAGCUGAAAACAAAUGGGUCAUUGAUGGACUGGGUCUUGACAACCAAGGUCUAAUGGGAUUCUUGCCAAAUGAAACAUCUCAACUGCGUCAUCUACAAAGCAUAAAUUUAAGUGGAAACAGCAUCCAUGGGCCCAUUCCAGCUUCACUCGGAACAAUAGCCAAGUUAGAAGUUUUGAAGAAAUCAAGAGGCGGUGGAAAUACUCAAGCAGACUUACAUGGGGAUCUCUCCUACAAUUUCUUCAAUGGAUCAAUUCCUGAAAGUUUUGGACAGUUGACAUCAUUACGAGUACUGAAUCUUAAUGGAAACUCUUUGUCCGGGAGAGUGCCUGCUGCUUUAGGUGCAAGGCUUUUGCACAGGGUCAGCUUCAACUUUACUGAUAAUGCCGGUGUCUGUGGUAUACCUGGGCUACCUGCAUGUGGACCACACCUUUCUGCUGGUGCUAAAAUAGGAAUUGCAUUUGGAGCUUUAAUUAUAUUCUUGCUCAUAAUUACUUUUGCGGUUUGCUGUUGGAAAAGGCGGCAGAAUAUUCUCCGAACCCAGAACGCUGCAAGAGAUGCUCCGUAUGCAAAAGCUAGGACCCAAUUAUCUCGUGAUAUCCAAAUGACAAUGCAUCACAAUCAAGGCCAUACAAGAACUCCCACUGAAAAUGGACGCUUGAUUUCAUGAUUCAACUAUUAAAACUGAGCCUUCUUGUCUCGUCAAAGCUAGAUCCUUCCUUGAUGUGACUGCACCUGAUUUUUACUGAAGAUUGGGGGUUAUGGAUCCAAUUGUAUCGACAAUGGUAAAGAUCUUUAACUCCCUUGAAAGCUAAUUCUUUUACAUUGAUACAACUUGAACAGGAGACGGGAGGUGAGUGCUAAAGAAUUUUGUAGAACAGUAGUGAAAAGUGUUUGCAUACACAAGUGAAUAUAGUUACUAAAGAUUUCUCUAGGAUUCAAUCUCAGACUCUCAGAGGGUAUUUUAAUCCCCUAACCCCACCAAGAAAAAAGAAAAAGGAAAAAAGAAACCUUUCCUAUGUAGCAAAGUUUGAGGAAGAGAAACCGCUUUCUUUUUAAAACUCCCCAGUCCCCAAUUGUAACUUUAUUAUCCCAAUUUUGCAUUUUACUUGUUGAAUUGAACCUAUACCUCACUGAGUGCAAUUUGAUUUACUGUUCCAAUAUUGUUCGCAUUUUUUUUAGAGGUGAGGGAUUGAACCUCUAACCUUGAAAUUAAUAGUAUAUACUUAAUGUCAAUUGAGCUAUGUUCUUUUU